AGAUGGAUGGAAGUGACUAGUGAGAGCUCUCUUGGCAUUGCUCAACCACCAAUGGAUCUACCUACCCUUCUUCUUCCCCUUUUAAACCCUGAUUUUCUCUCUACCUCAACAACGACUCAAUCAUGGCUUUGUUCUUAUCUCCUAAAGCCAUCACUCUUCUCUUUUUCUCCCUCUCCCUCGCACUCUACUGCAGCAUCGAUCCUUUUCACCACUGCGCCAUCUCCGAUUUCCCCAAUUUCGUCUCUCACGAAGUCGUCUCUCCACGUCCCGAUGAAGUUCCAUGGGAGAGAGAUUCGCAGAAUUCACUUCAGAAAUCAAAGAUUCUGUUUCUAAACCAAGUCCAAGGUCCAGAGAGCGUCGCGUUUGAUUCUCUCGGACGUGGUCCGUACACCGGCGUUGCUGAUGGUAGGGUUUUGUUUUGGAAUGGUCAGAAAUGGAUUGAUUUUGCUUACACUUCGAGUAAUCGAUCGGAGAUUUGUGAUCCGAAGCCUUCUGCUUUGAGUUACUUGAGGAAUGAGCAUAUAUGUGGUCGUCCUCUAGGUCUUCGUUUCGAUAAGAGAACCGGAGAUUUGUAUAUUGCCGACGCGUAUAUGGGACUUUUGAAAGUUGGUCCUGAAGGUGGCUUAGCAAUGCCGCUUGUAACUGAAGCUGAGGGUGUGCCAUUGGGUUUUACUAAUGAUCUUGACAUUGAUGAUGAUGGAACUGUUUAUUUUACAGAUAGCAGUAUCAAUUACCAGAGGAGGAACUUCUUGCAGCUCGUCUUCUCUGGAGACAAUACUGGGAGAGUGCUGAAGUAUGAUCCAAUAGCUAAGAAAGCUGUUGUUUUAGUCUCAAAUCUUCAGUUUCCGAAUGGUGUGUCUAUCAGCAAAGACGGUUCUUUCUUUGUAUUCUGCGAAGGCGAUAUUGGAAGCCUACGAAGAUACUGGUUAAAAGGCGAAAAAGCUGGAACGACAGAUGUGUUUGCGUUUUUACCAGGGCAUCCUGAUAAUGUAAGAACGAACGAAAACGGUGAAUUUUGGGUGGCGCUUCAUUGCAGACGCAACUACUACUCAUACUUAAUGGCAAGAUAUCCUAAGCUGAGGAUGUUCAUACUGAGACUGCCAAUCACUGCAAGAACACACUACUCGUUCCAGAUCGGGUUACGGCCGCACGGAUUGGUGGUUAAGUAUAGUCCUGAAGGGAAGCUUAUGCAGGUUCUUGAAGAUAGUGAAGGCAAAGUUGUGAGAUCAGUAAGUGAAGUGGAAGAAAAAGAUGGGAAGCUUUGGCUGGGAAGUGUGUUGAUGAACUUUGUUGCUGUCUAUGACCUCUGAUUGCUUGACCUAUACGUAAACCACAUCACUGGUUUUUAGAUUUAGCAAAUUCGGAAAACAUUUAGGUGUGUAUUAAAUCAAAGACACUUAGCACAGAGAAACUAUGUGAGAAACAAAUGUUAGCGGCAGCAUCAUCAAUAAGUCACAAAGUUAUUACAAACCAA